CUUGCAAGGGUAAAUAUGGUAAUCAAAUUGAGGGACACAAAUGGAAUCACAAGAAUUAUUCGUCCUUCUGAUAAGAUCACAGCCGUUCAUGGUCAGUUACCUGUCUCCACUUCCAAUCUCGGUCUCUUGCUCGGCGGAACCACCUCCGCCGCUGCGGCCGCGCCAGACGCCGCCGGCACUCGGCGCCGCCGCGACUCCGGCACUUCCUCCUUAGCUGAAUCCCUCUGGAUCUCUUCCCCCUCCGCCGCAAAGUCAAGCAUAAUGGUGAGAGGUAGGGAUGCUUGUUGGGAACACUGUGUCUUGGUUGAUGCAACAAGACAGAAAGUUCGGUGUAAUUACUGUCAUCGUGAGUUUAGCGGAGGGGUUUACAGAAUGAAGUUUCACUUGGCUCAGAUUAAGAACAAGGACAUAGUCCCAUGCUCAGAAGUCCCGGAUGAUGUAAGAAACUUGAUUCAUAGCAUUUUAACUACUCCUAGAAAGCAGAAAGCUCCUAAGAAGUUGAAGAUUGAUCAUACAGCAAAUGGUCCCCAACAUAGUUCCUCCUCAGCAAGUGGAUAUAAUGCUAAAAAUGCUGGAUCUAGUGGGCAACAUGGCAGUACUUGCCCAUCCUUGUUACUUCCUCUCCCUUCACCUGGUGCACAACCAACAGCAAAUGAUGCUCAAAAGCAAAAGUAUGAUAAUGCUGAUAACAAGAUUGCUCUUUUUUUCUUUCAUAAUUCUAUUCCUUUUAGUGCUUCUAAGUCUAUUUAUUAUCAAGCCAUGAUAGAUGCAAUAGCAGAUUGUGGUGCAGGCUAUAAGCCUCCAACUUAUGAAGGGCUGAGAUCAACUCUCUUAGAAAAAGUCAAAGAAGAAAUCAAUGAAAAUCAUAGAAAACUAAAAGAUGAGUGGAAGGAUACUGGCUGUACCAUUUUAUCAGACAAUUGGUCAGAUGGCAGGUCUAAAUCACUCUUGGUUCUGUCAGUUGCAUCACCUAAAGGGACACAGUUUCUUAAAUUAGUUGAUAUAUCUUCUCGUGCAGAUGAUGCCUAUUAUUUGUUUGAGUUGCUGGACUCUGUUAUCAUGGAAGUUGGUGCAGAAAACGUGGUGCAAGUCAUAACAGAUAGUGCAACAAGUUACGCUUAUGCAGCUGGCUUACUCUUGAAGAAGUAUCCUUCCUUAUUUUGGUUUCCAUGUGCUUCAUAUUCAAUUGAGAAAAUGUUGGAAGAUAUCAGCAAACUUGAGUGGGUGAGCACAACUUUAGAAGAAACCAGGACCAUAGCUAGGUUUAUAUGCAGUGAUGGAUGGAUUUUAAGUCUGAUGAAAAAAUUAACUGGAGGAAGGGAGUUGGUACGACCAAAAGUUGCAAGAUUCAUGACCCAUUUUCUUACCCUAAGAUCCAUUGUCAAUCAAGAAGAUGACUUGAAGCAUUUUUUUUCUCAUGCUGAUUGGUUGUCAUCUGUACACAGUAGAAGGCCUGAUGCACUAGCUAUAAAGUCAUUGUUAUAUCUUGAAAGGUUUUGGAAAUCUGCACAUGAAAUUAUCGGCAUGUCUGAGCCACUUCUUAAACUUCUGAGGUUGGUUGAUGGGGAUAUGCCUGCCAUGGGAUAUAUAUAUGAGGGUAUUGAAAGGGCAAAAAUGGCGAUUAAGGCAUUUUAUAAAGGGUGUGAAGAAAAAUAUAUGUCUGUUCUGGAAAUAAUUGAAAGAAGAUGGAGUACGCAUUGUCAUUCUCAUCUUCAUGCAGCUGCAGCUUUUCUUAAUCCAACGAUCUUCUAUGAUCCAAGUUUCAAGCUUGAUGUCAACAUGAGAAAUGGCUUUCAUGCAGCAAUGUGGAAAAUGUUUCCUGAAGAGAAUGAUAGGAUUGAACUCAUCAAGGACCAACCUGUGUAUAUAAAGGCACAAGGUGCUCUUGGGAGCAAAUUUGCUAUUAUGGGAAGGACAUUGAAUUCACCGGGUGAUUGGUGGGCCACAUAUGGUUAUGAAAUUCCUGUCUUGCAGAGAGCUGCAGUGCGGAUACUUAGUCAGCCAUGUAGUUCAUACUGGUUCAAAUGGAACUGGAGCGCAUUCGAGAACAUUUAUACAAAGAACCACACCAGGAUGGAGCUGGAAAAGCUCAAUGAUCUAGUUUUUGUGCAUUGCAAUCUUCGGUUACAGGAGAUUAGCCAAAGUAGGGGUGCAAAAUGUAGACCUGUUACAUAUGAUGAAAUAGAUGUGAGUUCUGAGUGGCCAACAGAAUCUGAAUCUUCAUCACUUCUAUUGGAUGAUUCAUGGUUAGACAAUCUACCUUUUGAAUGCUGAGAUUCAAAGCAUCAUCGGUACACUCGGUGCCUUCCAUCAGUAAGGAUAACAUACUUUAUUUCUUUCUUAGACCUUUUUGCUGCAUAAUGAAUAUGAUUGUUUCAAAAUACCCAAUGAACAAGUCGGCAUCUCAACUCUUCUCAUUGUUGUCCUGAGAGGUAAACGUACAUUUUUCAUCUUUCGGAUGCCUGAUGUGAUUCUGCUGUUUAAAUGCAGGUAUAUUUUGAUUUUUCUUUCAAAGAACAUAAUGUAAAAUCUCCUUGUUGACUGUGUUUCAAAAUGUUCUAAGUUCCUGGGAAUAAGUUUCUAAUGUUAAUGAAGGAUUACCUCUUAUUAACUUGAAACAGUGUCUGGUUCCAUUCAUUUUCCUUGUGCAUUUUGUAACAGUACUGGCUGAAUGCAACUUAGCUGGUGGUGGAUUUUAUUUUUAUCUGUAAUAAUAAUAACUCAUCAGUUCAUGGAUUUUUUUCACAUCUCUAUGCUUCUUGUGAACACUCCUAUUUUUAUCUUUCUCAGAUCUUUGCUUCGUGAUGAUACUUACACUCAUAUAUGGAAUUUUGUUUCCUUUUCUAAAUUACAGGAGUGACAGCAGGCGAUUCCAAGGAAUUGAGAUCUCUUGGUGCUUUCAGAAGUUAAGCUUGAUGCAAAGUGAAAGCACAACAUAGAAACUGGGUGGUAUUAAGAUUUUCUAGCUUCCAUAUAUAUAAAAUAUUAUUAAACAAUAUUAAAUUUAGUUAUAUUUGUAAUUUGAUCAUCAUAUUAAAAAUAAUAAAAAUAUAAUUUUACUAAAUAUAAUCCUUUAAUUAUCAAUAAAUACCUUUAAUUCUCAUAAUUCCUUAAUUAUCUUUAUUUUAUAUAACUCAUUUUUCUUCCUUGGUCAAUCAUCCUAGAUGAUGAUUAGGAGGAGAAGAUGGGAAAGAAAAAGAAUUGUGUGGAAUGAGUCGAAAAAAGUGUUGGAAUUAAGAGAUAAAUUGAGAAUAUUUAUGUUUAUUUAUGGGGGUAUUUUAGAAAUAUAAAAAGACUUAAAAUGAUAUUAUAAAUAAUAAAAAAAGAUUGUAAAUGAAAAUCUCCAAUAUUAUUUGUACAAGGUCAUAGAAAAUAAGAUUUUAUUAAAAAAAUAUAAAUGAAAAUUUACAUGUUCUUAAUUUGACUAAAAAUUUCUUUGUAUACAGAGCUCAACAAUGAAAAAAUUAAUGUAAU